AUGGCUGAAGUUAAUGUAUGCACAAUAUGUCAAAGUUCUCUUCACGAUGGUAGGGAUUUUGUAACAACAAGAUGCCAACAUAUGUUUCAUACUGAAUGUAUUGCCUCAAAUGCCAGUGCAAAUAGUAAUAAAUGUCCAAAUUGUCGAGCAUCAAUUCCAUCUUUUCGCAAGAUAUUUACGGGUUUUCAAAGCACAACAGAAAAAUCGAAAGAAAAGAUUAUAUCAAAUGAGGAUGAUGAAGCUGGUUGGAAUUGUCCAGCAUGUACAUACAAAAAUUCUAGCAAUAUUGAUAUAUGUGAGACAUGUCGACAAGGUAUGCGUGUUCAAGCAGACAAAUUAAAACAGAAUAAUGACAUUCCAAAACCUGUCCGAGAGGAACCAAUAAUUAAACUUACAUGUAAUACUCCCUUUUGCAAUACGCAUGAUCCGUCAAUCAAUAUUCUUUGUGACAAAUGUAUUUCUGCACUGUGUGUAGCACCAUUCAGUUCAGAAAUUUCAGACAAUCCUCAAAGAGCAAUACAAACUAAUCCCUUAGUUCCACCUUAUCGAUCGUUUAAUACAACUAACUCAAUACCGAUAGAAAUUGAACAAAUACAGACCUAUGAGACAGAAUGGCGUUGUGAAUAUUGCGAUUAUCCAGAUAAUUUAAGUAGCAAUGAGCAAUGUAUCUAUUGUCAGCAAGGUCAUCGACCUAAACAGAUUACAUCAUCACCGACUAACUUUUGCAAAAGUUCUAUUACGCCUCAAACUGGUGAUCAGCAGACUAAACAAGGUAAUGUCUUAUUUCAGUCAGUAUUUUCUCCCAUCAGAGAAUCAGCAAAUUCAUAUAAAACAUUUACUGGAAAAAAAUCAAUAUGGGUCUUCGAUUGGAGAACAAGAGGACAGACAAAGUACUAA